UUGUUCUUAAAUCUUGAGUUGUUAAUGUUAACAUUGUUAAGGUUGUAAAAUUGUACCUAAAUGAUUUGUGAAUCCUAGAGAGUGUUCAAUCCUCAUGCUCUGAUAAAUAUCUGGGUGUGUGCUGUCUUGGUUAUUUGUUGAAGCAUGAGGCUUCUGGUGUAUCAGUCAAGGGGAAAAUUUAGGAGCUUAAGUUAGCAUGGACUCAGCUUAAGUUAGAGCUUAAUUUUGUUGAUGAUCAACUUUAACUUUAUGCUUAUUAGUUGUUACAACUUAAUUUUUUGGUAUAUAAUAUAAUUUGCAUUUUUGAUUUAUAAAUUAAAUUUUUUUUACAGCCCCCCCCCCCCCCCCCACACUACUUUUGGCCUCCGCCACUGCAUACCGCCCUCUCCAUCGUCAACCUCCAAUCCUUCUUUCACCGCCGUCAUUGAUAACAAAGACACAGUCGAAGUUUAGUUCGCUCCGUUUUUCCGUCUCAUCAUUCUAAAUCCAAUGUUCAACAAUGCUUCCAAAACUCAUUCAAUCGACUAGUUCUUCUCUCCUUCAAAGAAUCACACAAACACAUACAACCACACGUUUCCGUGUUUUAUACUCGACUGUGUCCAUUUACGAUAAUAUUCCAAGAAAACUCAAAAAGUUUGAGAGGAAACCAUUGGUAACAAGUAUCAAUGAACUAAAACGUGAAGGUAGAAAGAGGAGAAAGGAGAGACAAAAGGUUGAUGAGAUUAUUUUACAAUCUCCGCAAAAUGGUUUAUUGGUUCAGAAAUUGAUUCCAGUUGCUAAAGAAGUUUAUGCUGCUAGAUCUGAAUUAUUGUCUAGUGUUUCUAGACUUGUUAAAUAUAUCGCUAUUUAUACAUGCAGCAUAUGUGGAGACGUUCAUGUUGGUGAUCCACCACAUCAAAUUAAAACAUGCAAUGUUAGAGGAAGCUUGUCCAGCAAAGAACACAGUUGGGUCAAAGGAGGUAUUGAACACGUUCUGCCUCACGUAGAGUCAUUUCAUCUGUAUGAUAGAAUUGGGAGGGCUGUUUCACAUAAUGAAAUGCUUCAAGUGGACCGAAUUCCAGCAAUUGUUGAAUUGUGUAUCCAGGCAGGUAUCGACAUACCUGAGUACCCUACCAGGAGAAGGACCUUUCCUGUUUACUGUGUUGCUGGUCGGAUAAUCGAUUUUGAGAAAAGAUUUCCUAAAGAAAUUUCCCUUGAAAAAGAUAUAGAUGAAUAUGGACUUCCAUAUCAAAAAAAGAGAUUGGAUGAAGACACUAAUUCUAUGGAAAUGCAUUGUGAUGACAUCCAAGCUGUCGCUGUCCGAGGCAUGAAAGCCUGGAAGAAAAUGUGCACAGGAGCUUCAAAACUUAUGGAGACAUAUGCUGUCCAAACUUGUGGAUAUUGUCCAGAGGUACAGGUGGGACCUAAAGGCCAUAGAGUGCGAAAUUGUCAAGCAUACAAACACCAGAUGAGGGAUGGACAGCAUGCUUGGCAGGAGGCUACAAUAAAUGAUUUUGUACCUCCAGUAUAUGUCUAUCAUGUUCAAGAUCCGCCUUUGGUAAAUGAGUUGAAAAGGUACUAUGGUAUGUUGCCUGCAGUUGUUGAGCUAUUUUCACAGGCUGGGGCUCCGGUGGAAAAGAAUUAUGCACAUACAAUGAGGGUAGAUGUAGUAGUCCCUGAAAUGGACGAGGAAAAGUGGGUUGUUUAGCGCGAUGGGUUGAAUGACUUUCCAUGUGUGAAGGAACCAUUUGGACAUUGGAAGAGUCUAAUUAAAAAGUAAGAUUUAAUUUAGUUCAAAUUGUAACUAUUUUCUAUGCUGGCAAAGAUAGAGGCAUAUUGCUGCUACUACAACCAAAGAAAACUGUAGGCUAUAGGAUUAGUUUAGUAUUUUUCUGGUGUACAAAAGGCAAAGAGAUAGUUGAUGAUGCACUGAGUAAGGAGGAAAAGAUGGCUUUCUUGCCAAGUACUUGUAUUACUAGUAGAAAAGCAACUCCUAGAUUUGCAUUAACAGUAACCAGUUUCUGGUUCCAGCUCCAUCAAUUUCUCAAAAUGGUAUAUCCUCUAUUUUUUCGUAAAUAUUUUUUGCUUGAUUGCUUGAAUAUACCUUGGUUAUGUUGAGUGAAUGAUUGUUACUAUUCUGUUUCUGAAACUCUGAAUUUGAUGCAGUAGUAAUUUGUUUAAGCUAUUUUUGUGUCAUUUGCUGUAAUUUCUUCCAUUUCCAUUAGUCAGUUGAUUUGCUGUGCUGGUGUGGCAAAGGAUGUUAUUUAUUUAGUUCAGUUUCAGUUGCAGAACCUAACAAAAGAAUUGGCCCAUUGAGGUCGCAUAUAAAGCAUUGUCCUUAUGUACAGAGUUAGAGUUAGCUAUUGAUCACUCUCAGCAACCCCCUCUCUUUACUCUUCUUCUGCAUUGACUAGAUUGGUUUUCUUACCCAACUGAUCAUGCUUUAGAGUUUAAACUCUCGAUAUUAGCAUUGAAUUCCUGAGCCGCAAAAAAAAAAAAAACUUCAUCGAUCAAUUAAAUAAGCUCAUUACUAUAUUCUUCUCUGUCCAUAUUGAUUAACCCAAUAGGAGUUUGAUUAGUUUUAUUGAUGGCAGAUUCCACAAGCCAUCAAACUGUCAUUUGAGAGAUGGAAGAACGUCUCACCAAGAAGAUUAAUGAUUCAAAUUAGCUGGUUGAUCAAGGUUAUGUUCUUGACUUUGUUAUUUGGGCAAGGAAAUUUUAGAGAAAUUUCAGGAUCUCAUAGGUUCAUUUACAAUGGAAGAAACUCAACCGGCAAGGACCUUUGACUUUUGGUAUUCGUACUCCACAAGUUCUUCAUUUUCUGAUAGGCUCACAAAGGUAUAUUUCCCUAGAAUAAAUGGUGAAAAAUAUUUGAGGAAUAGCUCUCCAAAUGUGAUCAAUUUGUUUUGCUUGACAACCACUGAUGGAAGAGCCAUCUCAAAAAGAUUUUGGGAUGUUUAUGAUGAUUCAUAUUGAUGAUCCUAUGUCAGUUUAAGGCAAACAGGGACUGUCAAUGAAUAUUUGGAUCAAAUUUGGACCCUUUUAUAACCAGGUUGGAGUUGAAUAAAGGGUACAGGGUCAGUAGUUUUAAUCUUAGGUUUUGGAGUAUGAAAUUCAACUUCAUGUAACUAUGUUAAACUGAAUUCUAUUGGUUCAGCCUGACGCAAGACUAUCUAAACUUGUUGAAGUAGCUAAAGCCAUAAAACCAGUAUAUAUAUCCAUCCAUUAUAUUCUAAGGCCAUAACUUUUAGCACCAACUCACUGCAUAAUUGAGCCAACACAAACUACAACAAUCAACCGUUUAGUUCCCUCCAAACCAAAGAUUAUCAAAUCAGAUAAGCCUUAACCACCAGACAAGCUAUAUAGAACCUACUCUGCUGCUGAACCAAAUGAAAGGAAUAUCAACUUUACCACUCAUCACAUUUCUAAAAUUAAUGCAUGAUUUUAGAAGUAUACUUCUAGACAGGACAAACAUUAUUAGGGUUGUUUAACUGGUUUGAGCUUGAUUACUUUGAUGCGCAUGUUGCCAAGAAUAAAGUAAGUCUCGAGCUCUUAUGAUGACACCUUUCUCUGGUUCAAGCUUUUUCAUACCAAAGUUUGGUGUUUCAUCUUUGUCAAAUACUCCAUGUGAUGUAAUCAUAGAAAAUAUUGACCAAGAACGGAUAACAUAUAUCAAAAAAAGAAAAAGAUAAAAGAUAUAACGUGAACUUAAACCUAUAAUACUUUGCUUCUAAUGGUAUCAUGUAGGAGAAAGUACAAAGAAAUCACAUCGAAUGAGGAGAUCUAUAUUUAUCUGGUCACAACUUGCUCUAGUCUGCAAGUUUGCUCUAUAAGGUCGACAUUUCCUCCCAAGUCUGCACAAGAAGGUUUUGAUCAUAGAAGAAAUAGGUAAACUCCAUAGUAGAGUUCAAUCUCCUUGAACCUUAAGCUCAUAAUGUUGAUUGCAUGAAAUCCAAUUUAUAUUUUUGGUG